GGAAAAAGGCUCCGUGACUUCACCAGCCACGCGCCGCCAUGUCGGAGACUGAAUCGGCGGCGGCGGCGGUCCCUGCGCCGGCGUCAGCGGAGGAGCGGAAGCCCCGGCGGCUGCGGGGGCACAAGAAGGGCGCCGUCACCUGCUGCGUCGCGUCGUCCGCCCGCCCGGGCGUAGUCGCGUCCGCCGGCGAGGAUGGAUGUCUUUGCUGGUUUGAUCUGCGCACCAAAGAUGUGAUUUUGACCAUUGAGGCAGCAAAUAAGCCAGUUUCUUCCAUCUGCUUUAAACCAAGAAAUGAAGACUUUGUGUAUGCCUCUGCUGGAAAUGAAAUAUUGUCCUUUGAUGUUCGUAUGGGACCUCAACCAAAGCCAUUAGAGACGUAUAACUACAAUAGAGAUGAAAUCAAUCAGAUUGCUGUCAGCUCUAAAGGUUUUCUCGCUGCUGCAGAUGACAGUGGGGAUGUUAAGAUUGUCAAUACCAUUCAGAAAUGCUUGUAUAAAAGAUUGAGGGAAGCCCACACAAGUAUUUGCAGCAGUGUACAAUUCAUUCCUUGGAGACCUUGGACAGCAAUCACUGGUGGCCUUGACUCGAAGCUCGCUGCAUGGGAUUUCUCCAAAGGGCGAACACUAUUUUCUAUUGAUUACGGAUCACCUGAAUUGCAAAAUGGCAGUUCUUCUGGUAGUGCAGGGCAAUGUUUCAACCCUGCUUUUGUUCAUUCGCUAGCAGUUUCUGAAGAGGGCAUUUUGGGAGGGCUGUACAAAGUUUGUGCUGUUGCAAGGGGGGAUGGUGCUGUUGAUGUAGUUAAUCUCGAGUAUGAACUGGCCCCUGCAAAAUCAAAAGGACCUCCUUGGGCAGCAACUUCAACAAUGAGUUCAAAAAGAACUGAAGUUGGAGAUGGAAGCAGUAAUCAAAGUCAAGUGAAAAGGAUCCAUCUUGAUUACACGAUGGGUGGCCAUACUGCAGCUGUUUCUUGUGUUACAUUUUCUGCAUUCGGUGAGAAGGGGAAGUUCCUUGUUUCCGGCGGCAAUGAUGCAUCGGUAAAGAUAUGGGAUUGGUCCAAAGGAUUUUCUUCUGAAACAAACAGCAAUGCUGAAUUGGUGUUGGAUAUUGAUGUGAAGAAAAAGGUAAAUUGGUUGUGUACUACUCCAACUGAUUCAGAUAAUCUGAUUGUGUGCGACACAUCCAAGGUGGUCAAAGUAUACAAUUUUCGGUAGAUAGAUUAAUGUGGGCCGUCAGCUAUUUGGACAAUUUUCUGAGGUAGUGAAUGUUGCCCGUCUGUCUCGAGUUGGUCCUGACUCCAGUGUCCAGAGACAUAUCAUGAUGCCAAGCCUGCAGCAGAUAGUUCUCUGAGUGGAUAGCUUUAGCAAUUUGCAAUAUCAGUUGUAGGAUGGAAUGGAGCCGCUAAACUAUUUAUUAUUUUCUUACUUCGAUGUGAUAUUUUUUCGGGCUUCUAGCUAGAGUUUGAAUGUAUAUCAAUGUUAUAUUGUGAAACGAAUAUAUGGUUUUUGAGGAAAACCGUUGUACUGUGUUGGCGGGCAUGAUUUUUAUUAAAUAUGUUGAGAUGUGUUUAUCUUUUUGCUCCUAUAGAUUGCAACUGAUGGUUCCGGAACACCAUAUAUGCCACGAACAUCUGACAGUUAAAUGGCUGAUUUUUUCAGCAGUAUAAUCAUCGAACCAAUUCGACUGUCUCAGAAUGAUUCUGUUGCGCGCCUUGCCUUCGACUGCUUUGAGUGCCUUCGUGCCUGCAAACUAUUGAUAUAGUUUUUUUUUUUUUGCAGCGAAAUGUUGUGAGUGACUGCAGUUUGGCUUGGUCGCUUGUAAUGGAUAGCUUUCUGGGUUAUGUCGUCCAUUUCCCCCUUUGCCCCCUCACAUUACUAGUUGCAACAAAGGGGCAUCCAUAUUGACGUUUCAGUCUUUGCCUCAGGAAUUAUAUCUCUUGUGGAGGGCGUUUCUGCGAAUUUCCCUCUCUCAUCAGCAUGUGGUGAGGAAGUGGAUAGAAAGCAGGUCUCUAUUGGAAGACAGUUCUGCUCUUCUUUGGUGGAGAAAGAAGAAGAAAUGGGAGGCAUGCUCUUGCCGCAUCAUCAAGUCUCUCCAAACCCUUUGCGAAAGACCACCUCUGCAGCACCGUUUGCGCUUCACAAAGAUGGGUUGAUCUUCUGUACAGCUCCGCGGCAAGGUUUUCUGCGCCCACCUUGCGCUCUCGUCAGCGUCAUCAGAUCAGAGCUCAAUGGGGCUGUGUUGCCAGACGCUGUCAGAAAGCAUAGCAAGGAGGAACUCAUUGCUUUCUUCAGAGACAUGCAGACCUCCAUUGCCGAGAGCUCGCCUAAAGCUUCCAGGAGGACGAGGAAGCCGCCGCCUGACCCGUUCGAAGAGGUUGACAAGAGGAAGCAGUCAUAUGGCAUGGAUGGAGAUGGUGGCGCCGAUGAUUUUUCAGAGGAACAGAGAAGGAUGGUAAAUCUGGAGGACAUGAAGGUGGCUGAUCUGAGGGAACUGGCGAGGGCGAGAAGGAUGAGGGGCUACUCCAAGUUAAAGAAGGGUGAGCUGAUUGAUCGUUUGAAAGGGGUUGUCAUGUAAACUUGUCCAUGAUCAAGAGUAAGCAGAUGUUAUGGGGGGCUACUGGAACUGUAAUGAUUAGAUUGACGUUCUCUCUUCAUAUGUAUGGUGAGAGUACACAUGUUCUAAGAAAAUGUAUGAUGAGAUUUUUCCAAAAAGAAAUUUAUGAUACGACCCCGCAGGCUAGUGGUACUGACUA